AUGGCCAAGUACAUGCUUCUUGCUGCCCCCGUCUUGGCGCUCGCCAGCCCAGCCAUCCUCCAGGCCCGUCAAGCUCCCGUCAUCCUCGGCUCAGAGCGCCAGAUCGCCCUCGCCCUCUAUGACAGCUUCAGCCUUGUCACAGGCAACGGCGUCCCCAUCGAUGCCAGUCUGACCUGCGACAUUUCCAUCACGGCCUCUUUCCCCGAAGGCUGCACAUCCGCCGUCUUCACCAAGACGACCCGCGGAUACACUGGUCUCGCGGAUGGGGCCGCCGGCCGCCUGACGGAAGGAUACAGCCUGAGCGGGGGCUCGGCGACCCCCAGCUCCACCGAGUUCACAUACACGAGCGCUGAAUGGGGUGACGGCGGCGACGACUUCAUCAACAGGGAACCCAUCACCGUUGUGAGCAACGCACAGACUGCCACGUUCAAGGUGAGCCUGGCCAGUUUCCUCAACGCGCCCAGCUCCGACUUCAUCUCGCGGUUUGACGUCGACAGCGUUGAAGUAGCAAUCACAUCUACUGGAACCUGCUGA